AUGUUAUCUGAUCAAAUAAAAUAGGUGUUGUCAACAAACAAUAGUUCUUUUCUUGCUCCUAGGUUCUCUCGAAAAACAACAUUACUUAAGAAAAGAAAUAAAGCUCUUUCGAUUUGCAGUAUAGAAGAGAUGGCUACAUCUACAUAAUAAAAAAGUUAAUAAUUAUAAUAGCCUUCAUCUAAGUAAUAAAUAGCAAGAUCAGAAUCCUAACACAAUCCAAUAACUCUAAUAGCAACCCCUCAGCAAAGUAAUUCAGUGAGUUGUUAAACAAAUUCAUCUCUAUUUGAAGAACUACUCCCUGAUAUUCCUGCAACAGAUCCAAUUUGGUUAGAAAUAAUUCCUUAAGAAGUGUUAUAGGGAUCAUCAGUAGAGUAACUUCUCGAAGACAAUAAAGAUUAUUUUUAUUAUUUAUUGGGAUUGUAUCUAUAGGAAUAAAUGCAUGGAGAUUUUAACAUGAAUAAAUUUAUUUUGCCAAAAAAAUGGUAAAGUUAAUAUGGACGUGAUUUUCCACAUAAAUAGAAAGAUAGAUAAGAAAUAAUAAAAAAUACUAUUUAUGAAGAUUAUAAAUCUCCUUAAACUUCUGAAUUUUCAAAGACCAGUUAUAAAAGUCAAUAUUCAGCAUAUCCACCAAAAGAUUAUAAUCCUAAGUUAGAAAGAAGAAAGUACGAGAAAAAUGAUUUAAAAUUCGCUACUUUAACAACAUAUAAAGUAUGAGAGUGUAUAAAUAUUAAUUAGGCGAAUCAUUUUGAUUUUUAGACUAAUUAAAAACCUGAAAAAUUAAUAGCAUCGAGACUGUUAACAACUGGAGGACUAUCUCUAUCUAAUUAGACAUUAUAUAAAACAGAAUAUUAAUGGCCUUAGCCAAUAGAAUAACCUUCAAAUUGUAAAAACAUUUAUUCAAAAUUGUAUAUAAUGUCGUUAUUACAACUAGAAAUCCAAUUCAAUCAUCUGGAAUCUUUUUCGAUAAAUAAAGAGAUAUUUACAGUUAAUCUCCAUUAGAUUCAAUUAGUAAAUUAGUUCCUUAUUCAUAAACACCUACAUAUUAGAAAUAGUAUGUUUCUAUUACUAAAAAGUAAAUUGGUUUUUGAAUUUAAAUUAGUGAUUUCUAAGCAGCUAAACUAGGAGAAGUGGCUCAAAUGAAAAAUUGGAGAUAAAGCGUCAUUAGGAGAAUGAAUUAAUUGAGAAAACAAUCGCAAAUAUGA